AUGGACGUGCCGUCGUGGCAUCCGGCCAACCAGAGCUCGGAUGCGGCGCGGCGGCAGGCGAUGAGCGGCGAGGACUCGGCGUCCAAGCGCGUUACCUAUGAAACUGUAGACACGUCCACGGAGGCGGAGAGAGAAUUGGUGUCCACGGAGGACGAGAGCGUCGUGCUUGGCGGUGGUCGCGGACUGCUGGACCCGUCGGAUCGUAUGUACCUCGUGGAUCAGACGCAUCUGGAGCUGCAAGCCAGGAACAGGGAGAAAAUGGAGCGGCAGGCUGCGCUGCAGACCUUCCGCUCUAGCGCCCUCAAGAUGCAGGCCCACAAGACGGAGAUUGCCGUGACUACUUCUGGCAGUGGGAAAAAAUCGCCGCUGCCGGUUGAGAAGAAAUCAGUUGUGGUGAUAAAGGCCAAGAAGCGGCAGGCAACGCCGAGUGGGAAGGAGACGACCAAAGUCAAGAAGAGUCGAACCACUUCAGAGAAUCCCACCGCAGGUAAAGAGGUUCAAACAAAAUCCGACAACCUCCAGACACCUAGUAGUAGUAGUAGUAGUAGUAGUAGUAAAAAGAGCAGUAGUGCAUCAACGACGAAACCUUCGACGGACAACCCUGCGACGGCACUGCUGCUUCAGGACUAUUCCAGCAGUAGCGACGAGGAGUAG